AUGGGCAGCAUAAAAAGUCUAGUCGUCCGGGGAUCAGUGCUAUUUCUGAUUGGAGUAUUCUUUGCACUGGUGUUAAACCUGCUUCAGGUGCAGCGUCAGGUGACAGUUUUUCCUCCGGAAGUUCUGGCCAGUUUGUUUUCUUCUGCCUGGUGGAUUCCACCAAGUUGUGGAACUGCAGCAGCUAUCAUUGGUUUGUUAUAUCCAUGCCUUGAUAAAAAAUUGGGAGAAGAGCUUCACUACAAGAGGGAAUGGAGCAGUGUCAUGAGAUGUGUAGCUGUGUUUGUUGGGAUCAACCAUGCUAGUGCUAAAAUUGAUUUUGCAAAUAACAUCCAGCUUUCAGUGAGUCUAGCUGCCAUGUCUAUUGGGCUUUGGUGGCUCUUUGAUCGUUCCAGGUCCGGCUUUGGUCUAGGGGUUGGCAUUGCUGUUCUAGCUACAUUUGUAACUCAGCUGCUAGUGUAUAACGAUGUUUACAGAUACACGGAGCCAGAUUUUCUGUUUGUGCGGUCAUGGCUGCCAUGUGUUUUCUUCUCUGGGGGUGUCACAAUGGGAAAUAUAGGUAGACAGUUGGCCACAUAUGAUGCCGAAACAACGAGUGAGACCCGAGUCAAGCGAGACUGA